AUGGACAUGGACAUGAGCCCUCUUAGGCAUCAGAACUAUCUUUUUGGUUGUGAACUAAAGGCUGACAAAGACUAUCACUCUAAAGUGGAUAAUGAUGAAAAUGAGCACCGGUUAUCAUUAAGAACGGUCAGUUUAGGAGCAGAGGCAAAAGAUGAGUUACACCUCAUAGAGGCAGAAGCAAGGAACCAUGAAGGUCCAAUUAAAGUAACACUGGCAACUUUGAAAAUGUCUGUACAACCAACAGUUUCCCUCCGGGACUUCGCAAUUACACCACCUGAGGUCUUAAGGUUGAGGUGUGGUUCAGGGCCUGUGCACUUAAGUGGACAGCACCUAGUAGUUGUAGAAGAAGAUGCAGAGUCAGAAGAUGAAGAAGAGGAAGAUGUAAAACUGUUAGGCAUGUCUAGAAGGAGAUCUGCUCCCGGAGGUGGUAACAAAGUCCCACAGAAAAGCGUAAAACAUGAUGAAGAUGAUGAGGACGAUGAUGAUGAUGAUGAUGUCAAUGAUGAUGAUGAUGAUGAUGAUGAUAAUGAUGAAGAGGAGGAAACUGAAGAAAAGAUUCCAGUGAAGAAAUCUGAAAAAAAAAAAAAAAAACAGGAAAAAACUCCCAAAGCACCCAAAGGACCUAGUUCUGUAGAAGACAUUAAGGCAAAAAUGCCAGCAAGUAUAGAAAAAGAUGGUUCUCUUCCCACAGUGGAAGUCAAGUUCAUUAAUUAUGUGAAGAAUUGUUUCAGGAUGACUGACCAGAGAGAUCUCUGGCAGUGGAGAAAGUCUCUAAGAAAAUGA